AUGAAUAAUUUAAUAUUUUUUUUUUUUUUUUUUUUUUCAAGUUCGUUAUUACUAUCAACAGUUAGUUGUGAUAAAGCAAAAAUUUUACCUUUAGGUGAUAUAAUAUCUGGUGUUGCGGAUAUAGCUAAUGUGAUAGCCCCUAAAAAGGAAGAAGUAGUUGAGUCUAUCUCUGAAUCUAUUCCUAAAAUUAAUUUAAAAAUUGUACCAUCAAAAAAAUUAAAUAUUACCAAGAAUGAUAUUAUAUUUUUAUUAUCUCAACUUAGACAAGAAAUUAGGAGACAGGUUGGAAUAUUACAAGGUGCGCAAGAGUACGAACUCGAGGAAAAAGAAAGGAUGAGGGAAAGGUCUGCCUCCAUUUGGUCAAGUAGCAAUUCUGCUGUUUAUUUCCCCAAACAAAGGGACAACAAGGAGAACGUGGACAAUAUGGAAGAGGAUGAAAAAGAGGAAAUAGAGGAUUUGUUAGACUCCUUAAAUAAGGUACUAAAUGUGAAUGUGAUAGGUAAGGAUGAACAAGAGAAAAAAGAAGAAAAUCUAUCAUACGAUAUAGAAAUUAAUGACAGGAAAAAUUUGGACAAUAAUGGAGAAAGCGGUCUACAAAAUGGACCGCAAUUUAGACAAAAGACUUUCAGAAAUGGACCUAUAAGAAGGCCGUGA